UGUUCUAGACGACUAGGCUUCCUCAUUUCCAUUCUUUCGUUCUAUCGAGCUUCGAUUUGGAGCUAGCUAUGGCGCCUCUCAAAGCGGUGGCUGUUCUUGCCGGGACUGGCGUGUCUGGAGUCGUGAGCUUCGUCGAGGACGGCGAAGGUACUACGGUGUCUGGAAAGAUCACGGGCUUGGUUGCGGGCGAGCACGGCUUCCACGUCCACGCAUUGGGCGAUACCACGAACGGAUGUUUGUCCACAGGCGCUCAUUUCAACCCAAAUAAUCUGGAGCAUGGGGAUCCAAGCGAUAAAAUCCGGCACGCUGGCGAUCUAGGGAAUGUGACCGCAGGCCCCGAUGGAGUUGCGGAGUUCGUCAUCAAGGACAAGCAGAUUCCUCUAGCUGGGGCAAACUCGAUUGUGGGCCGAGCCGUCGUCGUUCAUGCGGAUCGUGAUGAUCUUGGCAAAGGUGGACACGAGCUGAGCAAGUCGACGGGAAACGCUGGUGGACGUCUUGCUUGCGGAGUGAUCGGACUCCAGGCAUCUGCCUGAACGCGAGCGACUUCCCGAUCAAUACUUCUACUCAUAUAUAAAGAGUUUUUCUGACGAAAGAAUAAGUGAUUAUUUUUUUUCUUUACA